UCCUUCCUUCCUUCCUUCCUUCUUUCUCUUUCAUUUUUUAAAGAAUAAAUUUAUUGUUUUCAAUGGAAAAGCAGCCGAACAAUAUUACAGAGAACCUGGAAAUCAGAGAAACAAAGACAAAAAGUCUGACCAGCUCCAGCUGCUUCCCAGCACGCCCAGCCUCCCUCUGGGCGUGGUUCCCUGCUGCUGGCUUUUUCUGACGCAGGUUUUUAUUUUUGCAUCCUUGUAAUCAUAGUGUCCCGACAGUUUUGGGUCCUGUUCCCUCCCAUUUGCUUUGUGGCCACCGGGACUGGGCAAUUCUCAUUUUUUAAUGUCUGUGGGAUGGGCUGAGGUUGGGGGAGGGACAUUAAUUGCUUAACCACACCCCCCUGCCCUACAGUGGGUAAGGCCAGUCACAUUCUACCCUGGGCUACUCGUCCUCUUUGUCUAGGCCUCACCCUCCUGGGGUGGUAGGGCCUGGCACUGGCUGUACCCCUUCGUGAGUGCUCCUCCCCCAGUUCUCCAUUGUGGAGCUUGCUAGGCUGGCCUCAGAGGCCACCCUCCUGGUACAGGGUGAUAGACCUGGUUUCAAACCCAGACUGGGCUCUAUGACCUCAGAAAAGUUACUUCACCUCUCUGGACCUCAGUUUCCUUAUAAUGGGCCUAUUAUAACAGUAAAAUAAUGGCUGUAAAAUGCCCUGACACAGUUCCUGGCCCAUUGUAAGUGCUCAAGAAAAGGUUGUCGGCAUUAUGAUACUUUUCCAUUCUAUGAAGAGUUUCUGAAACCACCGUGGGCUAGAUGCUGGAAUGGCAGAGGUGAACAAGCACCAUUCCUACCUGGAAAAGCUCAUAGUCUGGCAGGGAAGUCACCCAGGGAGGCAGAUAACUGCCCCAGGGUUUGAUUGUCCCUGUGGUGCUGGGUGGCAUCCUAACUCCAUCACUUGCUAGCUGUGUGACUUUGGGCAAGUUGGUCAACUUCUCUGAGCUGCUGUUUCCUCUUCUGUUAAAUGCAUAUUUUCAGUGUCAUUGGGAAGAUUCAGUGACAUGAUGCAUAUGACAUAGCACAGUGCCUGGCACAUAAUAAGUGUUGAAAUCAACUGUAGCUGCCAUUUUAUUAUUAUUAUUGUUAUUGUUAUUCUCAUAUACAAGGUGCUGUUGGGAACACAGAGGAAGUGACUGACUGGGGGUUCAGGGAAAGCUCCGUAGAAGAGGGAACACUUGAGCUGGGUCUUGAAGGAUGAGUAGAAGUUCACCAAGUGGGAAAGGACACUCUAGGAUGGCCGAGCCUCGGUUUAACAACCCCUACUUCUGGCCCCCUCCUCCCACCAUGCCCAGCCAGCUGGACAACCUGGUCCUGAUUAACAAGAUCAAGGAGCAGCUGAUGGCGGAGAAGAUCCGGCCGCCCUGCCCCUCACCCCUGCCCCCCCAUGUCUUCGCAGGUCUGGGGCUCUCCUCCCGGACCCCGGCUGUGAGCACAUCAGAGUCCAGUGCGGGCACGGGCACCAGCACCCCAUCCACUCCCACCACCACCAGCCAGAGCCGCCUCAUCGCCUCGUCCCCCACCCUCAUCUCAGGGAUCACCAGCCCCCCCCUCCUGGACUCCAUCAAGACAAUCCAGGGCCAUGGCCUGCUUGGCCCCCCCAAGUCCGAGCGCGGCCGCAAAAAGAUCAAGGCGGAGAACCCAGGGGGCCCUCCUGUCCUCGUAGUCCCCUACCCUAUCCUGGCCUCAGGCGAGACUGCCAAGGAGGGCAAGACAUACAGGUGUAAGGUUUGCCCGCUGACCUUUUUUACCAAGUCCGAGAUGCAGAUCCACUCCAAGUCGCACACAGAGGCCAAGCCCCACAAGUGCCCGCACUGCUCCAAGUCCUUUGCCAACGCCUCCUACCUGGCCCAGCACCUGCGCAUCCACCUGGGCGUCAAGCCCUACCACUGCUCCUACUGUGAUAAGUCCUUCCGACAGCUCUCCCACCUCCAGCAGCACACCAGAAUCCACACAGGCGACAGACCCUACAAGUGCCCACAUCCUGGCUGCGAAAAGGCUUUCACUCAGCUCUCCAAUCUCCAGUCUCACCAGCGCCAGCACAACAAGGACAAGCCCUACAAGUGUCCCAACUGCUACCGGGCCUACUCGGACUCCGCCUCCCUGCAGAUCCACCUGUCCGCUCACGCCAUCAAGCACGCCAAGGCCUACUGCUGCAGCAUGUGCGGGCGGGCCUACACCUCGGAGACCUACCUGAUGAAGCACAUGUCCAAACACACAGUGGUGGAGCACCUGGUGAGCCAUCACUCACCCCAGAGGACGGAGUCCCCCGGCAUCCCGGUGCGAAUUUCCCUCAUCUGAGCCGACCCCAGGCGCCGCCCUGCCCGCUGGCACAGACCCAGGCAGCACCAGGCCCCGACUCCCUUCAGGGCCCUCCAGGAACAGCCGAGCUCUCUCAUGACCUUCCUGACCUUCCAGAAAGCCUGGGCUGCAGAAGCCCUGCCCGGUCCAGGUCUGGGGGUGGCCAGGCCAACUGCAAGAUUCUGGACUGUUUGGUGGCAUCCAAAGACGAUCUCAGAGCACUUUGAACCUCUCUCUGUU